UUAUAUAAUUUAUAUAAAAUAAUAAUCGCGAAAAUAAAAAUCACUCGUUCCACCGAGUGAUUUACCAUGUCAUUUAUAUUAUCUCCUUUUUUUUCGUUUCAGGUUUAAUAAUCUGAUGAAAAAUCCAGUGCUAAAGUAAAUGGUUUAGUAGUGUCUAGUCCACGUGCAAAAAUGCCAUGGUGUCAGUUCUGCGAUUGUACUUUUGAAUCGUUGUCAGCAUUUUGCCAGCACAUGAAAAUCCAUAGUCAUGUUCCAAAUAACGUUUUCAAAUGUGGUAUUCCGGAUUGCUCCAGAACAUUUAAAAAGUUCACUGCUUUCAAAGCUCACAUAUUUAGGGAUCACAAAGACAGGCCCUCAAAGUCAUCUGUUGAGCAGUUAGGAAUUGAUGCCUUAGUGUGUGAUAUUGGAACAUGUCAAGAAAAGUGCAGUGAUUUGAAAAACUUUGUUUUACACUUGAAAAAUCAUAUCAAAGAAGGCACCAGAGUGCCAUGUCCAUUUACAUGCAAUAAACAAUUUUCUGUAGCGUCUACAUUGACUUCACAUUUAUCCAGAAAACAUCGAAACUCUUCAGCAGAAAGUUUGCGUCAUAGUAUACUGCAGUCAAAUGUUUCAGUACAGAUGCCGCAUGGUGAGGCAUCUAACAUGGCCGAACUCUCACAUCCACAGUCUGAAUUGUUUGAUUGUGGUGAUGGCAUAGAGCAGUUGGAGAAUGUACUUUUGCCAGAUAAUGCAGAUGAAUCUCUUUUUUUGAAAAACAUGGCUCUGUUUUAUCUCAAGUUACAGGCAAAGCAUAUUCUCCCAUCAUCUGUGAUUCAGUCGGUAAUUGAGGGGAUGCAAGACAUCCAUGAUAUUAGCCAGUCUCAUUUGCUACUCAAGCUAGGGGAAAAAUUGAUUGCACUUGGUAUUUCUGAAAAUGAUAUAAAGAGUGUUUUGGAUGUCUUGCAAACUGAUGAUCUUUUUCGGAGGUCUAUUAUUAAUACACUUAGCACUGAUAAGAGAAGAAAGUCUUUUUAUAAAGACAAUUUUAAGUUUGUGGAUCCUGUCCCAGUCUGUCUUGGUCAAAAUGAAUCUGGCAAGGAAAGCUUUGCUCAAUACAUUCCUAUUAAGAAAAGCUUAGAAGCACUGUUCUGCUGUAAAUCAGUGAUAGAACAACAUAAUAAUUCACGAUCUGAAGUCAGAGCCAAAGAUAUCCUCUCUGAUGUAUGGGAUGGCAACAAUAUUGAUGAAAAUAUGCUGUUCAAAACUGAUAAAGAUUCAUUAGCUUUAAUCUUGUAUGAAGAUGCUUUUGAAGUUGCCAAUCCACUUGGUUCUGGUAAGAAAAAGCACAAAAUUCUUGCCGUUUACAUGACACUUGCAAACCUGCUGCCUCACUGUAGGUCAGGCAUUGACCCUAUGCAGCUAGUUCUGCUGUGUAGGGAACAAGAUUUUAGAUUUUUUGGACAAAAUUUGGUCUUUGCAACUCUGGUAAAAGACCUUAAAGACCUGGAGGAAAAUGGUGUUGAGUUAGCGGAUGGAAAGGUGCACAAAGGUACAUUGUGUGCCAUAGCUGGCGAUAACCUUGGAUCACAUUACAUUGGUGGCUUUGUUGAGAAUUUCAGUAAAAGUAAAAACUUUUGCAGAUACUGUGAAAUUGACCGCCAAACAUUUAACUCAGCUCCCCUAACAAAGGCAUUAACAAGAACUGUGGAGUCGUAUGAGCAAAAUCUUAAGGAUUUGGAUGCUGAUCAAACUGAAAUUGCAAUUGGUGUCAAAUGUAAUUCUCCCUUUAAUGACCUGAAAUAUUUUCACGUUUGCCAGCCAGGAUAGACUCCCUGUCUUGGACACAAUCUUUUUGAAGGUGUUGUGUCAUUUGACCUUGCUUUGUAUAUCGAUCAUCUUGUGAAUCAGGAGAAACGGUUCACAUACACUGAACUAAAUCAUCGUAUUAACCAGUUUAAGUAUCUUGGGAAUGAUGCGCGUGAUAAACCAGUUGAGAUGACUCCUGGUACUGGGAAAUUAAGUGGACAUGCAGUUCAGAAUUGGUGCUUUCUCCGGCUUUUACCUCUUUUGGUUGGGGAAAAGAUUGUCAGUCCAACUGAAAAUGAGGUAUGGCAGUUAGUACUUCAACUCCGACAGAUAGCAGAGCUCAUCUGUGCUCCUUCCAUUAAUAUUGGUCAGAUUGCAUAUUUAUCAGUGCUAAUAGAGGAGUAUAUUGAGACUCGAAAGGUGGUUUUUCCAAAUCAUCCCCUUAAGCCAAAGCACCACUACCUGUGUCAUUAUCCUGAGCUCACUGGUCGUUUUGGUCCACUUAUUCGCCUCUGGACACUACGCUUUGAAAGUAAGCACUCAUACUUUAAACAGUGUGCGAGAAAAUUGCACAACUUCAAGAAUUUGAGUGCUACAUUGGCAGAAAGACAUCAACUUCUUCAGGCUUACCUACAUGCUGGAAGCCCUUUCCCUGAAAAUGUUGUGGCAGAGAGGGGAAUAGAGUUUCAUGUUAAUGACUACAAUGAUGACAUUCAAGGAUCUGUUGCUGGUCUUAACUUUCAGCCAGGGAAUACAGUAGCAUGUAAUGAAGUGACCGUAAAGGGAACACUUUAUAAAAAAAACAUGCAUGUUGUUUUGCAGAAGAAUGAUGAGGGAAUUGUGUUUGGGAACAUUCAUUUAAUUAUUGUACAUGACAAUUGCGAUGUGUAUUUUGUCACAAAGAAAAGUCAGUCUUUUUGUCUUAUAGACCAGGGAGUUCAUUGCUUGAAACCACAAGAUCAAGGCUACCUAUGCAUAAAUCAAGACAGUCUACUGGAUUACUAUCCUCUGCCUGAGUAUUCAUUGUGUGGCUUGUCAGUAAUUGUUCUCCAUCAUUCCUUCCCAAUUUUAGAAUAAUGUCUGGAAUGAAAGAAGUCCUGAAAGAUGCUGUACUGUUGGUGUUGCCAAGCCUAUCUCCAGAUGUAACCAACCAGCUUGUUGAGAAGCUCAUGGACCAAGGUGUUGAAGGCUUGGAUGAUUUGGUUUAUGUAAAAGAAGAUGACAUUUUGGAGUUUAUAAGACCUAUCCAAUGCAGAAAACUUCUUAGUUCAUGGAAAAAUAAAGAACAUCAGAACUGCACAGUCGUACUGCCACCUGCUGAGGUUCUCCCCUCGGUUCCCCCCGAAACAAACACUACUCUUGGUUCACCUCCAUCAAGCUCCUCAAGGCCAACAUCAAGCAGUUUAGCAUCAGCCAGUGUCACACAUUCAUGGACUGAAAAUUUCCAAGUUCCCUGGAGCUUAAUGCCAGACGGUAUAAAGAGUGCUGUUGAGAAUGGACAGAGACCUUCUCCUUCUGAUCGAAGACAAAUGAUUAGAAUCCUUGCUGAUGAAAUGAGAAAACAUGACAAAAACCCCACCAGAUCACAGUGUCUUACUGUUAGUCGCAAAAUAGUGAGCCAGUAUCCAAAGUCUUUUGCUGACAUGUUGGGUGACAAGCAGGUUGGGGGUGGAUAUGAAUCUGUUCUUUCACAGCUGAAAGUACGCAUCGAGCACCUGAAUCGAACAAAUACACUAAGUCAUCAUAGGAUCCAAAGAAGUGACACCGGAACUACUAGAAAACGAAGUUCCACUGACUCGUAUGGUUGUACAAGAUGGCAGCCGGAUCUUCCACCUAGGGAAACUUAUGACAGUCUUGAAGUGAAACGUCAGAAGAUGGAGGAGAUGCAUCUUCAUGAAGGAAUCUCUGGAGCAGAGAGAGGAGACGUUUGCAAGCUCAUGGAGGAAACCUAUUGGCUUCAGCGUCACAUGAUCAAUGCAACCCCAUCCCCUACAAUUGCAGAUAUCAAAACUAAAUGGCCAUAUCUUUUCACACAGAGGCAUAUAUAUGGACAUUUUGAACAGCUUACUGACAAAAAAGUGCUCAGAUGUUUGGAAUUGUCUAUUCAGGAGUGUGGACAAAUCAUAAUUGAAUUUUUCAAAAGCAAACCAACCAAUGAUGACAUUCGAAGCAUUCUCUCCAGAGGUGAAAAUGAUGUGGAUGCCAUGGUCAUACAACUACUCCUUGCACACUUCAAAGAGAAGUUAGAUGGUGUUUUCCUUCAAGCAGAUGAAUUUGCAACUCCAUCUGAUGUCCAGCAUUCUCUUAAUUUGCCAGAGAGUCCACGCCUUAUAUUUCUUGGUCAAUCUCUGAGCAACCAGCGCUGGAUGUUGAGUUUGGAGGGUCAAGUUGUGUGUGAAGGAGCACAGCCCAACUUCAUCACUGGACUGGCAGCGCUGUUUGCCUCCUUCUAUAACUUCAAUUUACAGUACCAGGAAGAGGCAGCAUGCACCCUUGAGUUUGUUCAGAGACGCUUUGUUGACAUCAAUCCUGAACGUGGAUCAAAAGCAAAAAAAGGAAAAGUGACUUCAAAGAAAACUGGCCAAGUCGUGCAAAAAAAGAACGCAACUGUAAGCCCACCAGUUUCCUCACUUCUGCGAAAACUUGCAGACUUUGAAUGGAACUUUGUUUAGAACCUGUCAGCAAGUACAUUCAAAGUAAUUAAGAUUACUGCAUUGUUAAUUCCAUUUAU